ACGCCAGUGAGAAAUCAUGGCACAUGAGGGCGUCCUAACUUAGUGUGUUAACAAACAACGGUGACGAGAGAGUAGGAUCGAAAGAGCAGGACUCCAGGAGAGCACUUGUUUUGCGUGUUUAAACAUUUGAAUCAAGGUUGUGUCAUGGCCGGAAAGCCUAUUUUGUAUUCCUACUUUCGGAGUUCCUGCUCUUGGCGGGUCAGGAUAGCUUUGGCAGUCAAAGGCAUCGACUAUGAGUACGUAGCAGUGAACUUACUGAAAUCAGAGCAGUUGGGUGAGAAAUACCGCUCAGUGAAUCUAACCAGUCAGGUUCCAUCCAUGGAGGUUGAUGGCAUGGUGCUUACACAGUCUAAUGCCAUCAUUGAGUACCUAGAUGAGACGAGGGAAGGACCAUCCUUGCUACCAAAAGAUCCCAAGAAACGAUUCCUUGCCCGACAACUCUCGCAAAUAAUUUCUUGUGGGAUUCAACCUCUUCAGAAUUUAAGCGUUCUGCGUUACCUAGGAGAUGAGAGGAAGGUGGAAUGGGCCCAGAAGGUGAUCACCGGGGGAUUCGAGGCAUUUGAGACGUUAGUAGACCAGUCAUCAGGCAAAUACUGUGUUGGUGAUGAAGUCACUAUGGCAGAUCUGUGUCUCGUACCACAGGUCUAUAACGCAAAUAGGUUCAAAGUGGACAUGUCCAAGUACCCAGCAAUAUCAAGAAUUAAUGCAGCAUUACUGGAGCUAGAUGCCUUCAAAGUGGCUCACCCAUCCAAGCAGCCUGACUGCCCUGAAGACUUGAGAUAAUGGCAGGAUAUCAGUGUGGGUAUCAGUGUCAGAUGGAAGAAAGGUUCAUAAUGAAGGUAAAAGAAAUGGGCAAAGGGAGAAGUCAUCAGAGAUCGACAUUUGAUAGGAUGGGCUUGUGCAGCUGUCCUUGAAUUUUUUAUCAAUUUUUUAUCAGGCCGUGCCAAAUCAAAUGAAACAAAUCGAUCAAAUCAGACAGUGUCCCUUUGUUUACAGCUGACUACUUGAGAGGUCAGAGAUUCUAAAGUUGAGAUUCUUUUUCUUUUUGUUUUCUUUUCCACUUCACUUGGAGGAGUGUGGAUAGUUUUUGGAAUAGAUGCAUGCACACAAGCGUCUGUGAUAUUCACGCAGAUUCAGCGAUAAAUUAUGCAAAACAAGACUGCGUCUUGACCUCGAGAUUCUGACCAUUCAGCGAGCGCCUUCUAUCCAGUCUUCGGUAACCCUUUGUUGUAUUACAAGCACAUUGCAUCCAAAUUUACCAAUCACUAGCUUAGUCCCCAUUUUUGAUCAAAAUGACGCCAUAGUUUUUAAAGCCGACUCCGAUUGACUGGCACGCGGGGUCGCAUACAACUUGCACGUUGGGAUAUAUCAGACGUUUGUACUGUGGCUCUGCACACGUAAAUGUCUGAUCAUCAGACUAGGGUGUGGAUGGCAUGGCAGUGUCACCAUUUUUAAAAAUAGGAAUGUACUGUUGUGAAAUUUUGAAUGCAGGACAAUGUUUUCAUUGCCUGUAUCCAGGAUAAUUAAUAUUCAAUCACAGACCUACGGAAUAUACUGUGUAUGGCCAUUGAUGACACUUACAAAAUGUUGACUUUGUUAAUCAGAGCCUUAAAAUGCAUACUUAAUUUCAAUAAAUUUCGAAAUAUUAUGGUCAAGAUCUUAAAGUGCAGAAUCCUCCAAAUUGGUGUAAGGAAAGGGAGGGAAAAUGGUGCCGGAAUAAAAGCAGUGGGCUAUACCCAUUUUUCAAUCAUGUUUUGCAGCCAUUUUUAUGAUUCUUGAACAGCUUAAAAACCCUUACCUGCUAAAUCCAACAGGAUCUUACUAUAUCAUAAACUCGUUGGAGCCUGUUGGAUUGAGCAGUAAACCAAAUGUACAUGUACAUAUUCAGCGUCGGAUUCUGUUGGGUACUGAUAAAUAUCGCCAAGUGGGACUCUGUUGGAACCAGCAGACAACUAAAAAUGAGGCACAGUUGGAUUCUGUUGGAUUGAGCAGGAAGUUACCAUUGAACUCUGUUGGAUUUAGCAGGGUAGUCCUGAGAAAAAAAUGUCCCCCCCCGAAAAAAAACGUGGGUAUGUGAAUACAAGAUCUAUCCUGAAUCUUUACAGACAGUAGCACCUGAAACUCCUUGUUUUUGAAUGAAUUUUCACAUAAAUAUAAAGUACUUGUUUUUUUAUAAUUCUUAAACGAGGCAGCCUGCACGUCUGCAUCUUGAUACACUUGGACCUAGACAAAACUUUUCCUGGACAUCGUUCAAUAUAGCUCUGAUGUUUUUCUUGAAAUUACAAUAUUUUUAAAAAGAGUACUUAUUUGAGGCUAUGCAUGGUGGAGACACUAAAGAAUGAAAGGUUUGUGGAAACACCAUGUGGGAAUGAUUUCUCAACUGAGAGAAUGGUUCUAGCUGUUCCGGUCAGUGUGCUCAGAAGUAAACACUAUACAGUACCAAAAGCGAAAAAAAUGAAGUGUACUAGUAUAGACAUAUAUUUUCAGAAUGUUCCGAUCAUUUAGCUUUCUGGAUUCUGAUGUCAAAAUACAUGUAUGUAUGUGUGAGAAAAGUAUUUUCACAGCUGGACAUUUUACAGGGAAUUGGGGAUACAGCAAGUGUGAAAACCUGUAUGCUCACCUGGACUCAAUUUGCCUGGCCCGAAAGUAUUUGAACACCUGCGUGCAAUGGUGUACCCAGGACUCGGGUCUAGUCUGUGGAACAAGUUCUGCUGAACAGGUUCUGCUCGAGUGACCAUGUACUGUAUAUCACUCCUUGCACUGACCGUCCACCUAGGGCUAACUGUCACAACAUAAUUGUAUUAAAGAGUCUCCUAACCAGAUUAACCAAAGAACGAUUUGUUUUCUUUGCUCUUUCACGAGGCGUAAAAGCUUUUGAUUGUCAAGUGUAAUAGUGUUGCUAAUGGCAAGGUGUGCCCCAAUAAGAUGCCUCACAAGUAGCCGAUAGGGGGCGAUGGUUAGGGGUGUGUGGUCAGGCAGUGUGGUCACAGAUCCAGCCGGUCUAAUUGGCGAGUAAACUCUUAACUUACUCAGACAGGGUAAACGUCCUAAGAAGCUAGUGGGUACACACGGGACAAUAGCCGCUAGUUUAGGGUGUCUGGAUCAUGGAUGGUCGGCAAACUUGUUGUCAAACCCUUAAUUAGUUUGUAUGGGGACUGGAUUAGGGAGGUUAGGCAGCUUUUGGUCGGACUGUCAAAUGUUUAAUAAUUGAAAUGUGAGCAAGAGUCGUGCGACAAAUGAUGCUGCAGGGGUUGGAUAAAUUUUAUGAAAUGUACCUGACUGUGUAUUAAGCGUUAGGUGCAAAAAAACCGAAGAAAGCUUGAAAUUCUUCCUUGGUUUUCUUUUUGAAGUCAUUUUAGAGACGUUUAACUAUUUUAGUUUACAUUACUUCAGUUACAAAGUAACAGAUCCGUUGGAAGUAAUUAUCAAAGUUUUAUUAAAUGAGGGUUAGGCCUACGAAAGAAAAUGAUGCGGGGAAAACCUAUAGUUAUAUGAUUAUGGCUGACUUUUAUGCACUGGAGAGAAAUAUUCCUGUGUGAUUUAUAUUGUCUGUGUGACUUGGAUUUCAUUUUCAUUUAUUCCCAAAUGCUAAAAAGUUUUAGUUUUAACUUUACUGUCUUCCCGUUUUGUCUUUUACCUAUUGAUUAUCCUUUGUAAAAGGAAAUUAUUUCAUAAACUUCCUGAAAUGAUGCGUGGUGAUACUACAACUUCCAAUCUAUGUUUUUCUUUCUGUUGUAUUUUGAGAAAUAAACCAAAGCAUUGAUUCGCUGAGACAA